AUGAGCGGCCCCAUCGAGGUGUUGCUAGUGAACAAGGAGGCCUGGAGUUCGACACCUGUGGCGGUGCCUGUACCUCCCCCUGAGGAUCUGCUCCAGAGUCCACCUGCCUUUUCUACUCCUCCACCUCUGCCCAAGCCUGCCUUAGCUCAGCCCCAGGAAACCUCUCGUCCAUGCAGUCCCCAGUUAACCACCCCCGCUCCUGUCCUUGGCAGCACUGAAGUCUCAGAGGUGGCAGGCCAGACAGCAGAGAUUGCAGUGAGUGGUGGCCCUGGAACUGAAAACAAGGACAGUGGUGAGCUCAGCUCACUCCCGCUGGGCCUGACAACAUUGGACACUCGGCCUCUGCAGUCUUCUGCCCUCCUGGACAGCAGCAGCAGCAGCAGCAGCAGCAGCAGCAGUUCAUCUGGACCCAACCCUUCUACCUCCUUUGAGCCCAUCAAGGCAGACCCCACAGGUGUUCUGGAUCUCCCCAAAGAGCUGUCAGAAAUUUUCGACCCCACACGAGAGUGCAUGAGCUCUGAGCUGCUGGAGGAAUUGAUGUCUUCAGAAGUGUUUGCCCCCCUCCUCCGACUUUCUCCACCUCCCGGAGACCACGAUUACAUCUACAACCUGGACGAGAGUGAAGGUGUCUGUGAUCUUUUUGAUGUUCCUGUUCUCAACCUCUGACAUGUCCUGUGCAGCUGCAACCCAGACUGUCUGGGCUGGGAGCCACUUAUGCCCCAACCCCCACCCCGAGCUGAGAGAGCCCCUGACUCUGGGCUUCCUCAGCCUUCCCCAGUUGCUCAGUUCCGGCCAUGCUACCAUGUCUCGCGCUGGCACUUGUGCUGUGCUAGCAGAGCAAGGGAGAGAGCUUAGCCCUCUCUACAUGGAGCCCAAAAUGUUUGCCUUUUCUUUUCUGAAGCCGUCCUCAGCUGGGUACAGCUGCCACCCAGUGGCACAUCUGCUCUGUUCCUAUCAGCCACUCUUCUCCUAAGGAGGAGGGAAAGCGGGUGAAGCUGGGUAGUUGCCAGCUGCCAGCCUAACUUCCUUUCCCACCUGCUCACCCUGCAGCUUCUGAGCCUCUCAUGUGUUUCUUUCUGCUAUGCCCCGAGUCCUGGAACUCGGCCUUGGUGGAGGGGGUUAAUAAGGAAUUGAUGUGUCUAGCUAGGAAUCUGGGUGGGCUGGUCCCUGAAGAGUGGCCCAGUCUCCUUCUACCCCAUACUCCCUCCCUCCCUUCUGUUUAUUCACUUACCCUCAUCUAGAGCCAUUUGCAGAGAUUUAGAAAGAUUUACAGUAACGAAUGGAUUCCUAUAUAAAGAUUAUUUUUAUACUUUUUUCA